AUGGCGAAAGAGGAAGGACGGCGCUUGAAGCGCGGGCUUUCUCUCGUGCACCCGUCAAACCACUCGUACUACAGGUUCCUGCUGUCCGAACUGGAACGAUGGAGGCGUAUAGGGAACCGCUGCAAGGUUUCCUCUCUCAACAGGGCAGUCAAUGCUCUCGAGAGGUACCCGAUGCCUAUAUACAACACGGACAAUGCUGUCGCCAUGUCCGGAGUGGGCUUGAACACCACCAAGGUGUUCGAAAGGGCAAUCGAGAAACACGGGGUACCGGUGGUCAAUAGGACCCAAUGCGCGGCGUACGUAGAAACUGUUUUGGGCCGCAUCAGGUCGUUCAUCGCGAACACCGAAUUCGACGACGAGACUGUGGCUACAUCGAAGGAGUGGCGACCGGUACGCUACUCGAGCGCAUGGACGUUCAUCAUGGUGCUCGGGCUGUACGCCGACGGCGACACCAAGCUCUCCGUUGAGACCAUCCUGCAGCGCUCCAAGGAGCUGAUCGAGCGCAUGCCCAAGUGCCGUCUGACCAACCUCGACUUCGUCCGCACGCUAGUUGAGAAGUCCAUUGUGGACUUCGUCUACCCGGCAAAACAGGACGAGGGCAACGUCGAGUUCAACUCCAAAAAAAGACGGUUCUACCUGUACGGGCUCACGCAGUGGGGACAGACGCUGGCUGAGGAAAUCAUAUCCGGCUGCGAGGUCCCAAUCUCAAACAGACGGCUGCAAGCUGACGUUUUCUCACAGACCCAACGGUCGCAACAGGUGCCGCCAGGGGUAUACGCCGCCAUCCCGAGGAGCCAGGCCGGCACUGGGGAUGUUGUUGACAUCUCGGAUGAUCAGGAGCAUACCGCCAGCGCCAGCGACUAUUAUAGCGAGUACCUAAGCGACUCCGACGAGGAGAUGGAGGACAUUUUGGUCGCCAGUGGGAAUAGUCUCAACCCCCCAGGAAAUGGCUCACCAACAUCAUCGCAAUGCCAGAAAGAUACUGACGUGAAACUCACGCAAAUCAGCAUUGAUGAACAAGCAAUUGAGCAAGUUGAUCCAAAUGUGCUCCUUUCGUUCAAAUGCAACGACCCCUCACAAUACGUGGGUGACGGGACCGUUGGGAAGCUGAAAAUCAAAGGCGCCUACACAAGCAUCUCAAACUACAGAUACACAAGCAACUCAAAUCACCCAUCAGCGACUGGUAAAAUGGUUCCUAAAGUUGAAACUCGCCCGUUGCCCAUAACCGAGGUCUGCGUCAUAUCGGACUCGACGCAGAGCCUCGACAGCGUCCCCAAAACCGCGGGUUCGAACAAAGAUGCAACCAGCCCCUUGCAGUCGCAAGCCAGCAGCCGAUUGGGUGCCGCAUCGCAGGUCAUGGGCUCACAAGCAGGUGCCGAACAAGUUUCAGCAAUGGCGGUGGGCUCCCAAGCGGGCGAGGCCACUCUACAAGACAUCAACUGUGAGACCCCGAAAGUGUCUGAUGCCAACACCGCCCACAUCGUGGUGAAAACUCCGGUGGCUGCAAAAGACCGCAGCGUCGCUCCGAAAAUGGAGUGCGGUUCCGAAGGGUUCAGGACUCCGGAUCCAUCCAGCAGCGCCGAUGAAGCAGCGCCAAAUCAGCAAACCAAUGAUGAUGCGAUUGGCAAAACUGGGGAGUAUCUGAGCCCCCAAAACGGUGAAGAUGAGUCUGUUUACAGCGACUCGCCGUAUUCCGACGACUCUCUCGACAUCACGGACGUCACGUCCGACAGAUAUCGCAGGCUCAUGGACGACUACCACGGCGCGUCUCAGUGCUACAGCCAGAGCAGUGAUCACAACGGCGCCCCCAUGCUAGAACUGGGGUCGCAGAUGGUCGGAGCUGAGAGGGACACGGCAGCCAACGACCUAGGUGCCGUUGACCACGAAGCCACGCAACCUACAAGGCAGCACACUAUCCAGUCUAGUCAGUUGGAAGACACGGAAUCCUACCCAAACCAUCCAAGUCGCAGCUCACAGCUGGUCGACACGCCACUGGCUGCCCGGCUGACGCAGUCGCAAGUGAAGCGAACCGGACUGGAAGCACAGGAGCAGGAGCCCAUCGAGAUAGACAGCUCAUCUUCGAGUCCCAUUGAUUCCCCAAUCCCAGCUCCCAAGUCAGCUACUCGUUCAGAAUUGCUGCAAUUGACCAUACGGUCAGUUGCGAUGUCGCCGCAGAAGGACCCGCCAUCUCACUUGUGCAGGCGGCUCCAAAGCAGGCAGGGAAUCGCCGUUCCAGACGGCCCUGAGGGGUACGAGGUCGUCACCGUCGUGGACAACCGGGAAGUGAACGACGCCGAUGGGAGGUACAAAAGGAGGAUCGUGGACCUCUUCAGCGCCGCCGGCAAGCCCGUGGUGUUCCGGCAGCUGCCGCUGGGCGACGUCAUUUGGGUGCUGCGUCGCAAGAAUCAGGGAGCGGAAGGCGACGCUCCUGCUGUAACUGCAGAGAACGAUCUUGUCGAUCUAAUCAUGUCGCAGGAAGAGGACCCAGAUGAGAAACGGGCGAAUGCGGCCACGCGGUCUGGCGCCAGGAACCCCAACGCCACUGCGGCGCCCAAAACUGCCAAUAGAGGCGCAAAGAGGCGCAAAGCGUCGGGCGCCAAUGACCAGCUGGCCGACAGCUUCGUGCUGGAUUGGGUGCUGGAACGCAAGACGACGGUCGACCUGGCGGCCAGCAUCUGCGACGGCAGGUACGACGACCAGAAGAUACGCCUGCUGAGGCUCAUCGGGUUCAAGCACGUCUGCUACGUGUUCGAGGACAUCGACGCGCGGGCAGUUGUGGGCCGUACUAAAAUGCACAAGGGCGUGAACGCCGCGGCCAUAACGUCAGCGCGCGUCCGCACGCAGAUGGUCACGGGGUUCAACGUGUUGAGGACGACGGGCAUGCCGCACACGGCCGCGAGCAUCCUGGCGAUGCACCGGCACAUUGAGAGCCGCACGCACGAGUACAUGCGUGAGGCGAACACAACGUCCGGCGAGUUCCUGCAACUGUGGAUCCAAAGCAGGUACAUGCCGCUGGCGCAGUGGAAGGUCCGGAAUCGCAAGCGCAACCAGCUGACGUUCCGCGACCUGUUCGGUAAGCAGCUGAGGGCCAUCCCGGGGUGCAGCGAGGCCACCACCGAGGCGAUGCUCGCCGCGUGGCCCACCCCGUACGCGUUCGCGCACGCCCUCAGCAACUCCAACCUGGCGCACAUCAACGAGACGCUCGGCAAGCACAGGCGGAGGGGGAAACGCGCCCCCGUCAACAGCUCGAGCGCUCUACUGCAAGACGAAGCCACGUCAGCGGCGCGUUCAGCAGAGGUAACGGCGCACGCUGGGCAGUUGGCGCUGGUAGCUGCUAUGUGGUCCUGGCAGGUACAGGCUGGUCAUGUCCACUGA